AUGGUGACCGUCGGUAGUGUUGCGAUGAGCCGGCUGCUGCUAGCAGCCGUGCUGUUUGUACGCGUCUCGUACGCCGAAUGGGUCGAGAUUCCGCAUCUAAAACCGUCGUCGUCCAUUAGCAGCAGCAGCAGCAGCAGCACCACAAUCAAACCAAUCACACCAUCGAUCAACACCGGCGGGCAUGGUGCCGCCGUGGCCCACUCGCACCGUCUACUAUCACACUUGGCGGACGAGCGGGAUGCGGGUGACCGUUGGUCACACCAGCACCGUUCGCCCGUCCGAUGGCACCACCGUCCUGUAAGCGAUCUGCUCGAUUACGAUCGUCCGACCAAACGUGUAUCAUCGCCGUGGAUUACGGGCGAUCCGGACACGCCGGUAGCCCUGGUAAACGUAACCAGCAAGGUGGAGGAGAUGGAGGAGACAAGCGAAGCAGAAGCUUCCGCCGAACGGGACGAACAACAGUUUCCGGUGGUGCAAACGGAGCUGCUGCCGUUCGGCAAUCGGUACGAGGAAGAAUCGAUCGAAACGGGUACGGCAGCCGAUGGUUCGAAAGCGAUCCGUCUACCGGUACACCAUUUUGACGAUUUCGACGAUUACGAUGAGCGAUUGUUCGGGCCGCAAACCAACGCCCCUCCGGCCAGUGAGGAGACAGACUACACGGAGGAAGCGGAAGAUGAUGAUAAGGGCAACGAAACGGUGGAAGAAGCGGAGCAGGAGGAGGACCAUUUCAUGCAGCAUACGCCGCCACCUAACCGGAAGGCUCAACUGCGUCCACAGCAACCGACCGGAUUCGGUGGAUUUAUUGAAUUUUUACGCCGAAUGCAGGCCAGCUUCGUACAGCGCACGGCACACAGCAUCGGGGACAAGAUCCGUACGCUUGCCGGCAUGCGUGACCAGCUGCUUAGCACCAUUGAGCGACGUAUCGCCUCGCUGUGGGUAGGAAGCAGGCCGACACCGAUGGCGGCGGGACGACGCGUUAAGCGCGGCUGGAUGGAACCGCACGGCGGUGACACGGAUGCGAUGGAUUUCCCGUCCGCCGAGGGUGCACUGCUGACGAUCUCCUUCCUUACGUUCGCCGUGUUUCUGAUCAAGCUCGUGCUGCAGGUGAUCAACACGAUCAAGGCGAAACACUACACGUACAGCACGUUCGCAGCGGCCACACCCGUGUCGGGUGGUUUGCUGGUAAAGCGGACCCGACGCCACCUCGAGCCGCGAGACAUUCAGGCAAUUCUAGGCACUGUCGAUGGCUAUCGGCCGGUUUAG